CUCUCCUCGUUUUUCUUCUCUGUCACGUCACUGAGCCGGUUGACUUUUUCUUGGUGCGAUGGAAGUUCCACGUAUUUCCCGGUGCUCCCCCGAGUCUCUGGCCGGGCUGGGGGCGCUCCUCCUCGGGCUGCUCUGCUCCGGUUCCGCGGGGUUCGAGCUGGUUCUUCUGCACACUAACGACGUGCACGCGCGCGUGGAGGAGACCAGCGUGUUCUCGGGGAAGUGCAGUAGGUCCAGAGGAGCGGAGUGCUUCGGAGGAGUGGCCCGGAGAGCGACUCUCGUCAGGCGGGUGCGGGGCAGCGGGCUCCCGGUGCUGCUGCUGGACGCGGGGGACCAGUUCCAAGGUUCCGUUUGGUUCAGUUUCUACAAAGGAGCCGAGGCCGCGCACUUCAUGAAUGCGCUGCGCUACGACGCCAUGGCGCUUGGGAAUCAUGAGUUUGAUAACGGUGUGCCCGGUCUGAUGGAGCCGUUCCUGAGGCAGCUCCAGUGUCCAGUGCUGAGUGCUAACAUCCGCACAGACCCUCCGCUCACCUCCUCCUUUGGCACCGCCUACAGCCCCUACAAGGUGCUCUCUGUGGGGGGAGAGAGGGUCGGUAUCGUGGGCUACACCUCCAGAGAGACACCCGCCCUGUCAGAUCCAGGGCCUCACGUGCACUUUGAGGAUGAGCUGAGCGCCCUCCAGAGGCAGGUGGAUAAACUGCAGACUCUGGGGGUGAAUAAAAUCAUUGCUCUGGGACACUCCGGGUUCAGCGUGGACCAAGACAUCGCCCGGUCGGUGCAGGGUGUGGACGUGGUCAUCGGGGGGCACUCCAACACUUUCCUCUACAACGGCCCCCCUCCCUCGGUGGAAGUCCCAGUGGGUCCGUACCCAGUCCUGAUCAAGUCUGUAGAUGGACGGCAGGUCCCGGUGGUCCAGGCCUACGCCUUUGGGAAGUACCUAGGACACCUGCGGCUCCGCUUCGACUCCGACGGGAACGUUCUGGAAGCCGACGGCAACCCAGUGCUCUUGGACAGCUCCAUCCCAGAAGACCCGGAGAUCCUGGAGCAGGUGGAGCAGUGGAAGCAAAACCUGAGGAACUUCUCAUCUCAGGUGGUGGGAAAAACCCUGGUGUUUCUCAACGGCUCCAAUGAAGAGUGUCGCUUCAGAGAGUGUAACCUUGGCAACCUCAUCUGUGACGCCAUGGUGGACAGCGCUCUGGGCUUCUCGGAGGACCUCCAGUGGAACCAUGUGAGUGCAGCUCUGAUGAACGGAGGAGGAGUCCGAAACUCCAUCGACGAGGAGACCAGGAACGGUUCCAUCACGAUGGAAGACCUGCUCUCUGUUCUCCCUUUUGGAGGAACCAUUGACCUGGUGUUGCUCAAAGGCUCCACUCUGAAGAAGGCCUUCGAGCACUCAGUCCACCGCUAUGGUCAGAGCACCGGGGAGUUCCUGCAGGUCUCAGGGUUCCAGGUGGACUUGGACCUGUCCAAACCUCCAUACAGUCGGGUCCAGUCUCUGAGGAUCCUGUGCACCCUCUGUAGGGUCCCGAUGUUUGACCUGGUCCAGGACGAUUUGGUCUACAAGGUUCUAGUGCCCUCAUACAUGGUGACCGGAGGAGACGGCUUCAGCAUGAUCCCAGAGGAGAUGGUCAAGCACAACAGCGGAGACUUGGACAUCACUGUGAUCUCCUCGUUCUUGUCCAAACGUGGUGUGGUCCACUCGGCCGUCGAAGGAAGAAUCCGGAUCCUGAACUCAGCCUCCAUGUCUGUGACGUCUUUGUGCGCACUGCUGCCCCUGCUGCUGUGGGGUGUGCUGUGAGCCGCAGAGGAUCCUGGGUAAUACGGUCCCCUGAGCUGCAGAGGAUCAAGGGCAGUGUCCAAAUGUCCACAAUGCCCCCUCCUUAGGGCACUAAAUGUCCACAGUGUCCUGGACAUUUAGUCAUUUAGUCCAGGACAUUGUGGAUUUAGUGCCCUAAGGACAUUGUGGACAUUUAGUACCUUAGGGCACUAAAUGUCCACAAUGUCCCCUCCUUAGGGCUCUAAAUGGGGUCACACAUUUUUAGUGGUGUCCGAAUGUCCAGUGACGGAAGUAAUGCACUGGUCACUAUAGUCCACAGUGCUUUGUGAAAGUCGUGAAAACCCCAGUGGACAGAGACAGGUCUUUAACUGGACACAACACGACUGAAUGAAGCAGAUGAAGCUCUGGUUUAUCUCACUGUUGAUUCUGUUAUGAAUAAAACACUCUUAAAUAAACCAUUAUGGUGUAAAGAUGCUAGUGUUAGCAGCUUUAGCUCAAGCUGUUAGCGAUAAUUUCCACAUCUCAAAAAGCUGAAUACUCCAUUUACGUGAGUUUGACAUAAAUGUGAGCGUAUUACUAGUGCAUAAAUACUUAUACUAAAUACUUAUUAUUUACGAGAUGAAUUCAGUUUUAUCGGAGUUUAGCCUUUUAGUCUUUAGUGUGGACCUUUUUUCAUCCAGAUGCCAGAAUCACGAGACCCGAAAAUAGUGAGCUGUCCCGCUAAAGAGUGUAGGGCAGAGGAUUGUGGGUCACGUGGUCCACUGAGCCGCGGAGGAUUGUGGGUCAUGUGGGGUUCAGGACACUGGACUCUUUUUUUCAGAGGAAAAUGCUUUUUAUGAUAAUAAUAUUUUAUGGUUAGAAAGUAACAUUUACAAAAUACAAAUAUAAAAAGGGUUUGAAC